CAACAACUACCACGUACUCUCUCUGCUCUCUUUGUUUUGAAUUAAAAAGUAAACACCACAUUUUCAUCGAACUGCAAACUUUUCCCUCUCGCCUGCCUUCUCCUUUCUCCAUCUUCUUCAGUCUUCCUUCACACUUCAUCUCUUCUCUGGUUUACCUCCUUCUUUUUCUCCUCCUCCUGGCUUUUCUUUUUUUUCUUUUUUUCUUUAAAUUGAUUUGGAGUUUUGUGUUUGGUGGGUAUUCAAGAGAUCUAAGCUGCUUUGUUGGAUUUGAUGAACCCUGUUUGAUGGAUCCAAAAGCUCUGCCUCCAGGAACCUCAAUCUUCGGCCCUCGUUUGCAUUCAUCUGACACAAGUUUCCCCAUUAUAGCCAUUGCCAUUAUAGGAAUCUUAGCCACUGCUUUCUUGCUGGUUAGCUACUACAUCUUCGUCAUCAAAUGCUGCCUUAAUUGGCACCGCAUUGAUAUCCUCAGGCGAUUUUCUCUCUCAAGAAGGCGGCGAACCGAGCUCCUAGUGGUUUACGCUCCAGCAGUGGAGACUCGAGGAUUGGACGAGUCUGUCAUUCGGUCAAUCCCCAUAUUUCAGUUCAAGAAAAGAGAAAGAGCAGAAGGUAAUAGUAGAGAUUUUGGAACAAGAAGCUUCUGUGAAUGCGCCGUUUGCCUAAACGAGUUCCGGGAAGAUGAGAAGCUGCGGAAAAUACCAAACUGUAGCCAUGUAUUUCACAUAGAUUGUAUCGAUGUUUGGCUUCAAAAUAAUGCCAACUGCCCACUUUGCAGAACAGGCAUUUCAACGACGACAAGGUUCUCUCCUGAUCAAAUCAUGGCUCCUAACUCUUCCCCGCGAGAUCCAAAUCCUGAAAUCGGAGGUGAUGAAGACUUUGUUGUGAUUGAAUUAGGAAACCGUAAUUCCACGUUGUUUGCAGCUCAAGAGAGGCUGAAUUCAAAUUCAAGAGAGUUACUACCCACAAGGUCAAUCAGUCCUCCUUCGUCGAGAAUGAAGAAGCUCCAUAAGGUUACAAGCAUGGGGGAUGAAUGCAUUGACAUCAGAGGCAAAGAUGAUCAGUUCUGUAUUCAACCUAUUAGGAGGUCAUUUUCAAUGGACUCAUCCACGGAUCGACAGCUUUAUUUGGCAGUUCAACAAGCUAUCCAACAGAAAAGCCAAGUGAGUGAGGUUAGUCCUGUUGACGGUUGCAGCAGCAGAGUGAAGAGAUCUUUGUUUUCUUUCGGCCAUGGUAGGGGAUCAAAAAGUGCAGUUUUGCCUGUUCAUUUGGAGCCAUAAAAACCCAGAUUGGUUAUUGACAUAGGAGAUUUGUAGAGAGUACAGAGUGCGAUUUGUGACAUAGAGAGAUAUUCAAUUGAAAUUGAAUUUGAUUUUUGUUUUACUUAAUUGAUAAAUUAUAAUAAUUGAAGGCUGGUCCAGUCUAAUCAUGAUCAUCAUUACCCAAACUACCACCACUAUUAUAUGCUUUUCUUUUGAAUCCUUCCAAUUUGUUUUUCUGGGUUGGGUUGAAUAUAGGCACCGUUCAGUUGUUGGGUGAUGGGGAGAGAAAAGAAUGUGAGAAGUUUGAUUUUAGGAGUACGUUCAUUAGAAAGAAUAACAUAGCCUACCAACUUCUUGUACCAAUAAUAUGAUGGUUGGUAGGAAGGUAUGAAUGGUAUGAUCAUGGUUGGUAAUGCUCCUUCUCCAAAUUUAUU